UUGUUAACGUAAAAGUGGCCACUACGGCUGCCAUUAUAGAUUCCGUUGUGACCGAGUUGCAGUUCCAGUUACUAAACAAUCUCCCUCGUAAAAAAUAUAUAAAUAAUAAAAUAACUGUUUGAAUAUUUUUAAUAACAUAUAUAUAUUUAAAUAUUAAGUGUUUAUAUAAAUAUAAUAAUGAAAACGUACAGUAGAAAGAAGGGCGACAGUCCAAGUAAUGUAAUAAUUCACGUAAAUGAGCUGUGCCGACUGUGCUUGGCCAAAGAGGAAGAGAUGGUGCCGAUUUACGAUGAUGACGCCGUUCCUAUGCCACUACGAAUUAUGGCUUGCGUUAAUCUCGAGGUUUAUGAAGAAGACGGUCUACCAAACAUGAUAUGUCACCCGUGCAAAUACCAACUGGAGAAGUCGUAUCAAUUUAAAAAAAAAUGUGAAGCUGCUGAUACAAAAUUACGCAAGCACAUGAAAAUGAUACAAAAAUUGACUGGUCAAGAGGACGAAUUAGAGCAGCAAGAGGGCAUUGAAGAUUCGGAAGGUGACACAGUAUCAGGAAAAUCACGACAAGUAAAACAACUUCUUGCUGAUUUGGUAUCAACCAAAGGCGACGGUUCUCAAAUCGACGGCGACCCAAUAGAAGUUACAGAAGAAGAAUUAGUUGGCGGUUACAUACUAGGAAUGGGCGCUGAAAAUUUGGAUGCAGAAGAAAAUAUAUCCGAAGGACCAUCAAAUAUAACUCUGGUACCAUCAGAAGAGAAAGCAGCCAAAGCACGUUGCACAAUUCGCGCUACUCGUAUCAAACAGGAGCACGAGUCUGAUGACGAAGCUGAUGAGGUUCAAAGAGCAAUUGCUAAUGCUGACAGAAAAAAUGUAUACAUGAUGGAAGUAACUAGUCACAGUGCUGGACAAACUGAAUCGAUGAAGCUACAACCUGUUGAAGACACAAUGGUUGAUGCUAAUGAAGAAUUGAAAGUUUUCAAAUGUGACAAAUGUCCAAAAGCAUUUACUAGACGUAUAAUGCUUAAGAGCCAUCAGUCUGUUCAUUCAACUCAGAGAGGGUUCACUUGCCAGGCUUGUGAAAAAUGGUUUCCAACUCGAUCUGCACUUAUUAGACACGAACGUACUCACACUGGUGAAAAACCAUUUGGGUGCAAUAUUUGUCACCGUGCAUUCGCUCAAAAAGAAAUUUUGCUGCGGCACUUGAUGACUCAUUCAGGACAAAAACCCUUCCAGUGUCAGGACUGCGAUAAAAGUUUUACUCAACGUGAAGCAUUAAGAGUUCACAUGCGUCGUCAUCAAAAACUUGACCCCAAUGACAUUCAACUGCAUCAUUGUCAGUUGUGUCCUAAAGCUUUCUGUCAUGCGUCUGGUCUAAGUCGACACUUGGUGACCCACACUGGCAGAACUUACAAGUGUGUUGAAUGCGAAAAAUCAUUCACUGAUAAAAGUUCGCUGCUAAGACACAGUCGUAUUCAUGCACCCAAAAAAAUGUAAUAUUAAUUAUAAUCAUUGAAGAUAUUUUUUAUUUUAUUUCAUUUUAUAUUAUCCACUAUUAAUUCAACUGAUAAUCAUUGUAACGUUUAAUGUUAUAUAUAAGUAAUACAUAACUUGAGAUAUAUAUAUAAAUACAUAUUAGUAUCUAAAAAAUCAAUUGAAAAAGUAUGUCAUUCACAAUUUAUUUUAAUAACAAUCGACACUUUUAAUCAGUUUGUAAAUUAUAAUGUAUAAAAUUAAGAGAGAGCUAAAAUUUUACAUUUUUUAUUUUAUUACUGCAAUAGAA